GCUUUCAGAAUGGUAAGCUGGUCACUCUGUACUAAACCCUGUAAACCUCCAGAAGAGAGAAGACGCCACACCACUCUCCCCAAAUUGUUUUGUCUGAAUUGCUUGCGGCGCGCAGCCGAAGCAGAUGGCAAGCAGGAGCCGCCCCGAUCUCCUGCUCCGCCGCGGCGCCAAUCUCUCAGCCCGAACCCCGCCGAGGUCCAACCUCUCCACCGGCUCCGGCCGGAGUCCUGUCGAGCCCGCCUGCCCGGCCCGCGCGGCGUCGAUCCUGGCCGAAGAGGACUGGUUCCCGCGGCUCAACUCGGAGUUCGCCGCCGCGAUGCCGCGCCUGGGCCCGCGCUUCGUGGUCCGCGUCCUGCGCGGCGCCGCGCCGCUCGACCCACACCUCUGCGUGCGCCUCUACGUCUGGGCGUCGCGCUUCGGCGCCCACUUCGCGCGGGACGCCUCGGUGCGGCGGGCCCUGGAGGACGCGCUGUGGCGGCGCGGGCCGGCGGUGCUGUCUGCCGCGCUGGUGGCGGAGGUCAGGGGCUGCGGAUGCGAGGUCUCCGAGGAGCUGCUCCGCGCCCUUAUCGCCAGCUGGGGAAGGCUGGGCCUUGCUCAGUACGCGCACGAGGUGUUCGUGCAAAUGCCGCGCCUCGGGCUGAGGCCCAGCACCGCGGUGUACAAUGCCCUGAUCGUGGCGUCCGUGAGGGCCGGGGCUGUCGACACCGCGUACCUCAGGUUCCAGCAGAUGCCCGCGGAUGGGUGCCAGCCGGACUGCUUCACCUACAACACACUCGUUCACGGGGUCUGUCAGCGUGGGAUCAUUGACGAGGCGCUCCGGCUUGUGAGGCAGAUGGAGGGCGCUGGGAUCAGGCCAAAUGUGUUCACGUACACGAUGCUGGUUGAUGGGUUCUGCAAUGCAGGCAGGCCAGAGGACGCGGUUCAUGUGUUCGAUACGAUGAAGGAGAAGGGUGUGUCGCCAAAUGAGGCCUCAUACAGGACGCUGGUUCAUGGUGCAUUCCGGUGUUUGGGGAGACACAAGGCCUAUGUGAUGUUGACUGAGUGGCUAGGACGCGAGCCACCUCCGCACCACAGUGCAUGGCAAUGUAUGCUGUAUUGCUUAUCGAAGAACGAGAUGGCCAAAGAGGUAGUUGAGGUCACGAAGAAGAUGAACAGCAGGGGCUAUCUCCUUGACAAUGCAAUAUUUGGAAUUGUGGUCUCUUGUGCCGUGAAGUGUCUGGAGUUGAGUGAUUUGUGUGGGUUGCUUGAUGAUUUCGUAAAGAAAGGUGGAAAUCCUGGAUUUGAUGUCUAUAUCAUGGUCAUCAAAUCCUUACUGGGCUGCAAAAGUUCUUCAAAGGCGAAUCACUAUUUAAAGCGUAUGGUUUUGGAUGGGCUCUUGUCUGGUGUGACAUCUUAUAACAUGGUGAUAGAUUGUUUUGUCAAAGCAGGUGCAGUGGAUAAGGCAGCGGAGAUUAUAAAAGAGAUGCGAGAGAAAGGUGUCCUUCCAAACCUUGUCACGUUUAAUACACUGAUAAGUGGUUAUUCAAAGUUAGGGAAUGUACAUAAUGCAAAGGCUGUUCUUAAGAUGCUUAUGGAGCAUGGCCUGAUUCCAGAUAUCAUUACAUUUACCUCUCUGAUCAAUGGCCUGUGUCACACCCAUCAACUGGAUGAUGCGUUUGAUUGCUUCAAUGAGAUGGCAGAGUGGGGCGUUAGACCGAAUGCUCAUACUUACAAUGUACUAAUGCAUGCACUUUGUUCAGCUGGACAUGUUAACAAGGCCAUUGAUCUUCUUAAUAAAAUGAAAAAAGAUGGCAUUACUCCCGAUGCAUAUUCCUUCAAUGCUCCCAUUUUGAGUUUCUGCAGAAUGAAGAAAGUAGAUAAAGCUCGGAAUAUUUUUAAUGCAAUGUUGAGAUUAGGUGUGGUUCCAGACAACUACACAUAUAAUAGCCUGAUUAAAGCACUCUGUGAUGAAAGAAGAAUUGAUGAGGCCAAAGAAAUUCUACUUUUGAUGGAGUCCAGUGGCAGUAGUGCGACCACUCAUCACACGCAUUUGCCAAUUGUUUCUGCACUUACUAAAACAGGUCAGUUCAGCAAGGCAGGACAGUUGAUGAACAAAUACAACAGAAGAAAUGUUCAGUUGAGUUGUGGUUCUAAUCGUACCAUAGAGUCUAAAAUUGAUCUCCGCGUUGUCAAUGUGUGAAUUAUAAUUUGGUAUCUACAUGUUAUUUGGUACACAAAUGAUGCCCUCUCCUGUGGAGAAUGGCAUACGAUAGCCUCAGCCAAAGAUGCAGUAGGAGUAGGACAGCAUCAUUAUCAACAACUGCUCCUCUAGAUCUUAUCUGAUGGAAAAGCACUGAGACCUUCUAAACGCCUCGAAUAUUUUAUGCUCAUUGGCAUGUAUUGCAUUCAGGAUUGAUAUGGAUUUGUGCCUUUUCCGUCUAAAAACCUUUGCAGAAGAAGUGGCGCUCCUGACUUCGAAAAGGAUUCUUAUGCCUGUGUGUAAAUGCUGUUCUUUCAGGAAACAAACAUCGCACACCAUGUGAAAGCAAAAGGCGAGCUCCUUGAGACCUUUGAGUUGAGAUCGCAUCCCAAUGCUCCUCGCCUGACUACGUUUUCUGGUCAUGGGGGAAUCUAUUUUGUGAAUUCUCAACAGUGGUCUAACUUGUGUUCAACCUGACGGGGCUAUAGGCUUUGUUCUUGUUAAUGCCUGUCAAAGUUCAGGACUUGCCUCCUUGUGGUCUUGAGACCACAGCAACUGCUGUUGAUCUGUGUGCCUUGGAGACGAAGAACCCCGGUUCACAGCGCCGCAUGUUGUAGCCAGUUUGCUGCAGUUGUGCAUAUAGUUGCUGAUAUAAAUCCAUUCUACAAUUGGACAUGACUAAACAUUGUAGAACAAUUGAACAUGGCAGUGUAGAUCCCUUGGCCCUGAGGCCGGCUGGUGAUCAUGACAUAGUUUGUUUGAAAGCCUGGCCAGAUGAGUGGCCUUUUUUGUU